AUGAAUGAAGAACAAGAAUCAGAACCAUUAUCGAAGAAGGUUUCUAGAGGCUUUUCAGCCGUGAACCUCACAAUCAAGAUAUCGACUUCAACGCAUAACCCUAGAAAAGAAAUCUCGAUCAACGACAUUGUUUCUGCUUCAUCAAUCUCAUCGUCAUCUUCAUAUAACUCUUCAUCUUCUUCAGCUUUCGUUUCAGCCCUACAGUCUCCUUACAUAUCUCCCAGAGCCACCGGAGAUGAUCCAUAUCAUCAUCUAGAAAACAAAAUAAUCGCUAAUCCAUCCACCAUUACUACAUUUACUCAAACUUCUACUCCAGAAUCCCAUUGUGGGUCUCACUCCGAUGACAUGCCCAGCACUUCCGACGACUUUUCCGAUUCCGCAAAGCUGAAAAUCGUCGACUGUGUCCCUGUAACAUGUCCCGAUAAUAAUACUAAUAAUGCAACAGUACCUCGUAUCUCAUUCUCAUUUCCAGUUACACGGAUUCCUUUCGCAAAAAGGUCUUCUAGUGCCAAAUUGAGGAGCUGUGAUAUUUACAUCGGAUAUCAUGGCGAAAACCCCAACCUGAUUAGAUUUUGCAAGUGGCUCAAAUCAGAGCUUGAACUUCAGGGCAUUGCUUGUUUUGUUGCAGACAGAGCAAAAUACGAAGAUUCUCAGAGCCACGAGAUUGCUGACAGGGUUAUUUGCUCUGUUACAUUUGGAAUUGUGGUCGUCACAAAGCAUAGCCUUUUGAAUCAUCUCGCAUCUGAAGAAAUAAGGUAUUUUGCUCAAAAGAAGAAUCUAAUCCCGGUGUUCUUCGACACCAAUCUGAAUGAAGUCACCAAUGUUCUUGGUCGGAAUUCAGAUGGUAAAGAUUGCAACGAAGCAAUUGAAUGGUUGAUGAAAUUCCAUGAAUUUAAACUAGAAGCAAAUGAGGGGAAUUGGAGACGUUGUGUAUGUAGAUCAGUUGGGAUCUUAACAGGAAAGCUCGGGAGGAAGAGUACUGUUGCGGAAAAAGAAACUGAAAACAACGUCGAUGAAAUGCCAUUUCCCAAGAACAGAUGUUUCAUUGGUAGAGAAGAGGAAAUUGCAGAGAUUGAAACCACUCUUUUUGGAGAAACUGAAAUCGAAGUUGAUGGAAUUAGAGAUGGGAAGUUAAAAGAGCCAAAUUCAGAUGUUACGAUUGCACCAUUGAUUGGAAAACACUCGGUGAAAAGACCUAAACCUAAACACAAGAAAACAAAGAGCUUCAGAAGUAGCGUAGUGUGCAUCAAUGGCGAACCUGGAAUGGGGAAAACAGAGGUGGCACUGGAAUUUGCUCACAGAUAUUCACAGAGAUACAAAUUGGUUAUAUGGGUAGGUGGGGAAUCUCAACAUUUAAGCCAAAAUCUACUGAAUUUGUCUUUACAUCUAGGGUUAGAUGUAAGUGCAGAUUCCGAGAAAGAAAGAGGGAGGAUCAGAAGCUUUGAUGAGCUAGAAACAGAAGCCUUCAAGAGGGUAAAACGGGAAUUGUUUCGCGAUAUCCCGUAUUUGUUAAUCAUCGAUAAUCUCGAAACAGAAAAAGAUUUACACAAUCUGAUACAAGGAAACACCGGUUCUUCCCAUGUGAUUAUAACAACAAGACUUGAAAAAGUAAUGAAAUUUGAACCAAUGCAACUUCAACCAUUGCCAUUAUCCGAUGCAAUGAUGUUAAUAAAAGGAAGACGAACGAAAGAAUACCCUUUUCAAGACGAUGAAAUUCUGAGGAAAUUUGAUGAGAAAUUGGGGAGGUCAAGUUUUGGGUUAUCCGUGAUUGGUUCUUUGCUAUCUGAAAUUACCAUUUCGCCCUUCGCCCUCUUUCAAGCCAUCGACCAGAUCCCUAAGGAAGCUACAUCUCAUUUUGACGAACCAUUUUGGGGAAACAAUCAGUUUCUUCUCAAAGUUUUAAUAUUUUGCGUUACAAUUUUGCAAGAAGCUAAAGGAAUUAAAAACCAUCUUGCCUUAAGGAUGCUUUUAACAGGAGCUUGGUUUUCCCCUUCACCCAUCUCACCAAAUUUACUAGCUGUUGCUUCAACUCACAUGACUCCAUGCACAAAAAACCGAUUCAAGAAAUGGGUCAAUUCUGGUAAUUUCACUCUUUUUUGUUCUUCGGGUUUCAUUAAGAGCUACACAUGGAAAAAAGAAGAAGAUUCAGCUCUUGUUUUAGUUAAAUUAGGCCUUGUUAGAAGAAGCAACAAUCAGUACUCUACUUCUUGUAUCAUGUUUCACCCCAUAACUCGAGUUUUUGGUAAGAAAAAAGGGGGUUUACUAGCAGCUAAAGCAAUGGUUUAUAGUAUAAGGAAGAUAGGAAACCCAAUGUUUAACUCAAACCACCUUUGGGCUUCUGUUUUCCUUGUAUUCGGAUUCAAAACCACACCACCCUUAGUCCAACUAAAGGCUCUUGACAUGGUUUAUUUUAUUAAAAAGAUAGCUCUCCCUUUAGCUUUAUGUGCAUUCACUACAUUCUCUAGAUGUGACUCGGCUUUAGAGCUAUUGAAAGUGUGCACAAAUGUUCUUGAAGAAGUUGAGAAAUCAUUCGAGUCUAAGAUAGAGGAUUGGUGUCGUGGAUCGUUGUGUUGGAAGAAGAAAAAGAAGAGAAACAUGAACAUGAAUAUGACGAUUGACGAGUAUGUAUGCCAAGAUUUGACACUGUUGAAGGCGACAUUGCUUGAAACGAGAGCUAAAUUGUUGUUGAGAGGUGGACAUUUUGAUUAUGGAGAAGAGCUUUGUAGGACAUGUAUCGGCAUACGGACUGUGAUGCUUGGCCAUAAUCAUGCUCAAACUUUGGCUGCUCAGGAAACGUUGUCUAAAUUAGUUAGAAUGAGGAGUAAAAUGUAA